GUGAUGCAUAGGUUUAUGCUAUUUAAAAUGGAGGCUAACGUUAAGCAGGACUAAAUCAAGCCAACAUGACUGAAUAGGAAUAGAAACCAACGCUUUUAAAGCCCUUACACGUCGUUAAAGCAGUUCAGUUACUUGGAGCAGGUUUUCAGCCCUUGGUAUUUUACCCGACCCCCACAAACUUUGAUAGCUUUUUCUUUGCUAGCUAGAAGGUUAUGUGGUACACAGCAGAGAAUGUAGCAUGAGCUGCUCCUGCAGAUGCCCACCGUCACUGGGUGCUGUGAGUGGCUGCUUCAAGAUCACUGAAGCUCAUCACACAGACUCAGAUGAAACCCCGAAGGAAAAACCAGAACUCAAAGAGAAAUCAUCUGGAGGCAGGAAGUCCAGCCGAUUCCAGCCCUAUUCCAAAGACAAGCAUGGAGACAAGAAGGGUGUUCAUCGAAACCGAGUGUUCAUUAGCAAUAUCCCAUACGACAUGAAGUGGCAGGCAAUCAAAGAUCUCAUGAGAGAAAAAGUUGGUGAGGUUACAUACGUGGAACUCUUUAAGGAUGCAGAAGGAAAAUCGAGGGGAUGUGGUGUUGUGGAAUUUAAAGAUGAGGAAUUUGUGAAGAAAGCUUUGGAAGUCAUGAAUAAGCAUGAUCUAAAUGGCAGACCAUUAAACAUCAAGGAGGACCCUGAUGGUGAGCAUGCCCGUAGAGUGCUCCAGCGCACUGCGGGUAUGUAUCCUGGAGGGCGAGGCCAAGAUGGUGGUCCAGGAGCAAUGAACCUUCCUCCCUGUAUUACCAACAAUCCAAAUAUUCUUCCUGAGGUCAUUAAUUUCCUCCAGGCCGGCCGGUUGGGCUCAACAGUGUUUGUCGCCAAUCUUGACUAUAAAGUAGGCUGGAAGAAACUUAAGGAAGUUUUUAGCAUGGCUGGGACUGUGAAAAGGGCGGAUGUCAAAGAAGAUAAAGAUGGGAAGAGUCGCGGGAUGGGAACCGUCACCUUCGAGCGACCGCUGGAAGCCGUCCAGGCCAUCUCAAUGUUUAAUGGUCAGAUGCUGUUUGAAAGACCCAUGCACGUGAAGAUGGAUGACAAGUCCAUUCCCCCUGAUGAUUUCCGGCCGGUUGAGAAGUCUUCUCAGUUGCCAAGGGGUCUUGGUGGAAUCGGAAUGGGCCUUGGGCCCGGAGGUCAGCCGAUUAACGCCAACCGCCUCAGUGCGGGAGGAGGAGGGAUGGGCAGCAUGAAUCCUGGAGGGAUGGAUGGCCCUGGAUAUGGUGGUAUGGGCCGAAUGGGAGGAAUGGGCAGUGGAGGCGGAUACAGUGGUAUGGAUGGUAUGGGCAGCAUGGGGGGCUAUGCUGGCAGAGACAUGACACCCAUGAGCAGAAUGGGAGGAAUGGAUGAUUAUAGAGGGAACCUCGGCUCUGGCAUGGGAUCGAUGGGGCUGGGCGGGGGAAUGCCAUCAGGAAUGGGCAGUAACAUGGGAGACAUGUAUCGCUCCGGUAUAGGAGGGGUGGACCGAGACCUGGGAAGGAACGAGCUGCCCAUGAAUCGUGGCUUUGGGGAGACGUUCGGUGGAAUGGGAGGAGGGUUGGGAGUCUUUGCAGCAGGCAUGGGUAGUGCUGGCAUUGGCCCGCUGAGGCCUGCAAUAGGUGGAAGGAUGGGCAGCAUGGGCAUGGAGCGCAUGGGCCCCGGCAUUGAGCGGAUGGCAAGUGGCAUGGAUAUGAACCGUGGGUACAGGGGCUAUGGAGGCGGCUCGAGUCACAUGGGCAGCGGGAUGUCUGACAGGAGCUCGGGCUCCAAGGCAGGCUGCCAGAUAUUUGUACGAAAUCUUUCCUAUGAUCUCACAUGGCAAAAACUGAAGGAGAAAUUCAGUCACUGUGGUCAAGUGAUGUUUGCUGAAAUAAAGAUGGAAAACGGCAAGUCCAAGGGGUGUGGGACCGUGCGCUUUGAUUGCCCAGAAAGUGCAGAACAGGCCUGCCGAAUGAUGAACGGCACAAAGAUCAAUGGACGAGAAGUAGAUGUUCGCAUCGACCGCAAUGCUUAGUCUUGUAGUCGUUAUCAAUAGCCUUCUGAAGUUUUUGUUUUGUUUUAAAAACAUUUUGUGUACCGUCAUACCAUGAACGCAGUGAUAAUCACCCGCUUAACUCCUUGUGAAUAGGGUUUGUUUAUACAUGGUGUCUCCAGUCUCUUUUUUUAUUAAUUAUAUUAAUUGUAGCACAUUUUUACAAGUAAAUUUGUCACAAACUGUGGAGCGGUGAUUUAUAGUAAUUUUUCCCAAUGAAAAUGGUAAAAUGAGUGAGACAG